UGACCAAAAUUGUUCCUCUCAUUUCCACCCCGGCAGAGAAGGAACGAAACAUUGUUCCACGUUUCCUGCCGACUCUGGCCGAUUCAUGAAAGAGAGAGCGAGAGAGAGAGAGAGAGAGAGAGAGAGAGGCAGAGGCUACCAACUGACUGAUGUAUCCAUCCCCUCAGCGUACUUCUCGAACCGUGGGACUGACUGAUAAGGAGCUGACCUACUUCAUCUGAGUCGUCUGGGAGGGUUGUUUGCAUAAAAUACCAAGUUACCCACUCCUGGACCUGCUGCGGGGGUGUCAGGAAAUAAGCUGUGAAACUCGUCAGAGUAAGAUCAUUAUCUGCCUUUUAAAAAGUUCAUCGGUGAGAGAUGGAACCUGACACCUGAAUUGGAUGCUUCUGCUGAUGUACAGCGAGUUCAUAGUGCCUUUUGCGAUGGGUGCGCCAGGAAAAGUGUUGCUGCCUCUCCUCUGCGCUCUGCUCCUCGGCGCCGGUGGGGUGCACGCUGGGAAAAUCCUGGUGUUCCCUGAGGACGGCAGCCACUGGGUCAACAUGCAAGUGAUCCUCAGAGAGCUUGGGUCCCGCGGCCACGCCUUGACCGUGGUGCGCUCCGUCAGGAGCUGGUACAUCAAAGAGAACCCGGCCCUGUACACGUCCGUCAGUGUCGACCCACCGGCGCCGGAGGGCUUCAGUGCUGACAUGUUUAACGCGCUGCUCCAGAGGUCGCUGCAGCUGCAGAGGAUGUCUUCGCUGCGCUACUUCUUCGAGCAGCAGAGCGACAUCGUGCACACGCUGCAGCUGUUCCACGGCAGCGCACUCCAGAUGAUCUCCACCAUCCUCGACGACGCCGAGCUCACCGACAGGCUGCGCGAGGAGCACUUCGACCUGAUGCUCACCGACCCGGCGUUCCCAGCCGGCGUGCUCCUGGCUAACUACCUGGAGCUGCCGCUAGUCUACAACGUUCGCUGGUUGAACACCGGGGACGCCCACAUGGCCAUCGCCCCGUCGCCGCCGUCCUUCGUGCCCAUGUACAACUCCCUCCUCCCCGACCAGAUGGGCCUGUGGGAGCGGGCGAGGAACCUGGUGCGCUACAUGAGCAGCAUGAUCCAGGAACACUACGCCAUCUUGCCCAUCUACAGUGAGCUGAUCGAGCGCCACUUCCCGCCGGGCGCCGACCUUCUCUCCAUGCAACGUCGGGCCGACAUCUGGCUCAUGCGGGUGGAUUUCAUCUUCGACUUUCCCCGCCCAACCAUGCCCAACAUGGUGUACAUCGGCGGCUUCCAGUGUCGGCUUUCGAAGCCUCUCCCUGACGACCUGGAGGCCUUUGUGCAAAGUUCCGGUGACCACGGCAUCAUUGUGAUGUCCCUGGGUGCAAUGAUAGCCAGUCUGCCGAAAGAUAUAUCUGAGGCCAUUGCCAUGGCCUUUGCCGAGCUCCCGCAGAAGGUCGUAUGGAGGUACAUUGGCGAGCGCCCAUCAAAUCUAGGCAGCAACACCCUGCUGGUGAACUGGUUACCCCAGAACGACCUCCUUGGUCACCCCAAAACCCGAGCCUUCGUGGCCCAUGGAGGAACCAAUGGCAUGUAUGAGGCCAUCUACCACGGAGUCCCUGUCGUGGGCCUGCCCCUGCUGUUUGACCAGUACGACAACCUCCUUCGGCUCCAGGUGCGAGGUGGCGCUCGCGUGGUGAAAGCCGCCACUCUCACCACCGCCACCUUCAAGGAGGCGCUUGAGGACGUCAUAAAGAACUCGUCCUACAGGGAGACGAUGCAUAAGCUCUCCCGCCUACACAAGGACCGCCUCGUCUCCCCGCUCGACACCGCCACCUUCUGGAUUGAGUAUGUCAUGCGGAACAAGGGAGCAGCCCAUCUGCGCCCCGAGUCCUGGGACAUGCCCUGGUAUACCUACCACAGUGUAGACGUGGUUCUGCUUCUCCUGGUUCUGGCUUGUCUCUCUGUGGUCGUUCCUGUCAUUGCCUGCAGGCUGCUGGGGCGUGCGAUUUUAAAGAAGAGUAAAGUGGAGUAGAGUAGAGGUUUAAAAUAUAUAUAUAUAUAUAUAUAUAUAAAGUAAAAUAGCGAUAAAGUAGACAAGAGCAAAUUUCAGUGCCUUCCAGACAUGUGAUACAACCUGGUGUAGAGAGGAAAGAAACGCUUUGCCAGUUGGGGGAAAAACGAUGGGGACAUGUCACUACAACUUUUUGCGAUCACCAAUUUUGUCACCACCACCAGCCUAUCCUUUGAUGACCCCCAGUCGGAUGACAUCGCCUUUAUUCCCGUGCGUCUAAAAUACAUUCUUUUCUAUCGAAUGUCAGAAACACGUCUUGGUUUUCAAUUGUGUAGAACAGAGAAACAGAGUUUCUAAGUAUUGCCAUAGCAGUUUUGAUUCAGUUAGCCAUGCGCAAUGAAAAGAAAAAAAAAAACGUCAGAUUUGUGUUAUGGGAUAACUCUGGUCAGCAGUGGCGGCUCCUGAAAAAAUUCUCAGGGGGGGGGAUUUUUUUGAUAAUGAUUAAGGCGACCCACUCGGUAAGUACCUUAAGCAGGACAAUUGUAUCUAUUUGUUGUGAGCUGAUUAACUCAUACAGCAAUACAUUUUUGUUCAGUAGAUGGCAGCACACAACAGAAAGAUUUCCCCUCUAGCUACAUAAGUUACAGGUGGAAAGCUAUGGAAAAAAGUUGCCUCCAUGAGCCUUCAAAAGAAAAAGUGAGGUGGCGCCACAAUAAAUUGUCCCACUUGUUCAUUAUUCACAUUACCAAAAUGUUGUAUGGUGUAACAUAGCUUAACAGGACACAUGAUAUGUCCUGUAACAACAUAAAUAAGGGGGCAACAUAAGUCAAAACCAACUAUAUUUAUUGACUAAUCUUUACAAAAGCAAAAUAAGUUAUGGCAUAGAAAAUAAUGCAAGUAGCAUGCACGGUUUAAGAUGUGCCGGUUCUUGUUCACCUCAUCAUUGUGGCAGCGUACUGCUAGCCUGUAUCCCUCAUCCAGUUGAGUGGCAAUGUUCACCCUCCCAAAACCACAGAACUUCAGACAACUGUCUAUGUGUAGCUUCGCCUGCUCAUGUUUUUUUUUACCUUUUCGGACAGAUGGUGCAUGUCCUUAACUCCGGUUGUUAUCGAUGCAGUGCUGUCUGUCAUGGAGCCUUCGGGGUGGAAAAGGAGGCAGGGAUAGCAAAAGACUGCGUUAGCCACUUCACAGCCUGCUAGCCACGAUUUCCUUUGGUACCAAUUCUUUGAAAAUCCUCGGGUGUAGGAUUUCCCCUUCUUUGUAGCUACCUGUUAAUCGUUAUAUUUGGUCUAGGAGGUCCUAAUUGUAUUGUUGCCAAUUUGUCUUCAUUGUUACGCCGACCGAAAGGAGUCUCUUUCAAAGAAAUAAUUGAAUUGCUGCUGUUGCACUGAGCACUGGCCAUCUCGACAGAAUAUGCUGAUAUGCCUUUGUCGAAGCUGUAUGACGUACUUAUACGCUUUUGCGUCGAUUACUUAUGACAAGACCAGGAGGGGCGAGCCCUCCCGGAAGCCAUAGAGAAUGCAUUGAGAGCUCUGUUUUGUGAAAAAAAUGGAUUUAACAUGGGAGUCAAUGGGAGAGGUCUGGGGC